CCUGAGCUGGGAGUGUGAGUGACUCUCUAGAGAUAUGUUGAGCUGCUCUCUUCCUUCCUCGUUUCAUACAGGCGAGGAGUCUCUGUAGAAAAUGCAAAAAGGUCCGAGCUUGACUCAGAAGCCAUUCAAAGCCACUUAUAUCUGGACUAGUAUCAUCAAUGCCUUGCAUACCCAGGUUGAAGUGAAGAAAAGACGACACCACUUAAAGUCUCACCAUGACUGUUUUAUUGGCUCCGAAGCCGUGGACGUUGUAUUCGCUCACUUGAUUCAACAGAAGUAUUUUGGGGAUGCUGAAAUCCCUCGUACCAAAGUAGUGCGCGUGUGCCAAGCUCUGAUGGACUGCAAAGUGUUCGAGUCAGUGUUAACGUCUUGUGUCUUCGGAAAAGAGAAGAAACGGCUGGUGUUCGAGGACAGCAGCUGCAGCUUGUACAGGUUUACCAACGUGUCGGGUCUCCCUAGUGGCCCAUUGGAAAAAGGAAAUGGACGAUGCGUUCCACAGAGCUAUGCCAGACAUGAACAGGCAGGAUUCCAGUCAGCUUCCCUCCAGUCGCAGAGUUUAGAAGAUCUUUGGGAUAACUUGAGUUUAACACCUGCAGAUCCAGCACACCUACAUCUCUCAGUCAACCUACCUCCCCAAGUACUUGGUGAAGUCUGGCAAGAACAGACCAUCCGCCGGCUACUACAACUUGUAGACCUCCCGCUUUUGGAUGCGUUGUUGGAAAAUGUCACGGUGCCCCUGCCAGCUCCACAAUCCAAAAAGGAGGAAUUUAUUAUCACAACAACUUUCCUCGAUCGAGAAAUCCUCAAAGCUUUCAGUGAUUCACAAGCUGACGAGUGGGUGUCUGCUGCUGUGGAUUGCUUGGAGUUUUUGCCUGAUCAAAUGGUGGUGGAUGUCAGUCGGAAUCUACCAGAACAUCAGGACAAAGAUGAGAAAUGGAAGCUGCGGUUGUUUGAGACGAUCAGCCGAUACUAUCAGAUUCGAGAACCGCUGGUUACCAAUCAGUUCUUUGACAUACACGUUGGGAUCGCUGAGCUCCUGGUGAAUGGAAAGAACGAUCAGGCUCUCGAAGCGACGCAACUUUGCUUAAAACUGCUGAAUUCCCAAACUCGAGAAGAGUUCCGAUGCCUUCUCUAUUUCAUGGCCGUCGCUGCAGAACAGACUGAGAUAAGACUGCAGGAAGAGAGUGAUAACCGAAUGACUGUGAAAAGAAUGUUCUCGAAGGCAAUCGUCAACCAUAAGACCUUAUCCAAAGGAAAAUCCGAUCUUCUGGUUCUUUUCCUGUUGGAUCACCACAAGGAUGUUUUCAAGAUCCCUGGGACCCUGCACAAGAUGGUCAGUGAUAAAUUGGUGUCCAUUCAACAAGGAAGAGAUCCCGAUAAAGACACAGGCGUGACCUACUGUCAGAAAGUGGACAAAACAGAGUUGGCUUCAACUGUACAGACUACAACAAAGUCUGAGCUUUGGACAUUACUGAAAACAAUCUACGAAAACACAAGACUUUCCCCUAAAGAGAAGAAACGUCUAUUGGGUCAGUUCUACAAAAGUCACCCUGAUAUCUUCAUCCAGUACUUUGGAGACAAAGUGAAAAGUGUUUAUACGUAAUGUACUAUAUUGUAAAUGUAAGUGUUAAUAUUGUAUAGUUUAAUGUAUGUUUAAUAAAAUAUUUUUGUAAACUUCUA